GAGGUUCAGGAAGAGGCACAGGGCACAUGACGCCCAAUCUCCCUCACCAGCCCAGCACCUGAUCAGGAAAAGCUGAAAGCUGUGGGUUCCGUAGACCAGAGACCCGUCCCAGAGCAAGACGAAUGGCCUCCCCGCGCCUGGGAAUUUUCUGCUGCCCUACAUGGGACGCAGCCACAGAGCUGGUGCUGAGCUUCCAACCGCGGGUGUUUCAUGCGCUGUGCCUGGGCAGCGGCACUCUCCGCCUGGUGCUUGGCCUCCUUCAGCUCCUAUCAGGGCGCCGAUCUGUUGGUCACAGGGCGCCUGCGACAUCCCCAGCCGCCUCAGUCCACAUUCUCCGUGCUGCCACCGCCUGUGACUUGCUUGGCUGCCUGGGAAUCGUUAUCAGGUCCACAGUGUGGGUAGCCUACCCAGAGUUCAUUGAAAACAUUUCCAAUGUGAAUGGAACAGACAUCUGGCCUGCUGCUUUCUGUGUGGGGAGCGCAAUGUGGAUCCAGCUGUUGUACAGUGCCUGCUUCUGGUGGCUCUUUUGCUAUGCAGUUGAUGUAUACUUGGUGAUCAGGAGAUCGGCAGGACAGAGCACCAUCCUGCUGUACCACAUCAUGGCCUGGGGCCUGGCUGUGCUGCUCUGUGUGGAGGGUGCAGUCAUGCUCUACUACCCUUCUGUGUCCAGGUGUGAGAGGGGCCUGGACCAUGCCAUCCCCCAUUAUGUCACCACAUACUUGCCACUUCUGCUUGUCCUUGUGGCCAACCCAAUCCUGUUUCACAAGACAGUGGCUUCAGUGGCCUCUUUACUGAAAGGAAGAAAAGGUGUUUACACAGAGAAUGAGAGACUGAUGGGGGCUGUGAUCAAGACCCGUUUUUUCAAAAUAAUGCUGGUGUUAAUUGCAUGUUGGUUGUCCAAUAUCAUCAAUGAAAGUCUUUUGUUCUACCUUGAAAUGCAACCAGAUAUCCAUGGAGGCUCUCUGAAACGCAUCCAGAAUGCAGCCAGGACCACAUGGUUUAUUAUGGGAAUACUGAAUCCAGCCCAAGGACUUCUCUUGUCUCUGGUCUUCUAUGGCUGGACAGGAUGCAGCCUGGAUGUCCAUCCUCCCAAGAUGGUGAUUCAGUGGGAAACAAUGACUGCUUCUGCUGCCGAGGGCACAUACCAGACCCUUGUGGGUUCCUGUGUGCCCCAUGAAAACCCCAGGAAGGUUGUGUGUGUCGGGGGGCAUACUUCUGAUGAGGUGCUGAGCAUUUUGUCUGAAGAUUCAGAUGCCAGUACUGUUGAAAUCCAUACUGCAACUGGGUCCCGCAACAUAAAGGAAGUUGACUCCAUUUCCCAAGCCCAGGGGGAACUCUGAAGGGAUGGGAUAGGGGUCAGAUACCCCUAUUUUUCAGGUUCUGUGUCUUGUUGUUUUGGAUUGUGUUCUUGCCUUCCUUCCUAUCACAGUGCUGCCACGAUGUAUGAUCUUUCAAAUUCCACUCUGAUCACCAUAGUGUAGUUCACUGAAGAUGACCUUUAUACUGGGAGAAACAACACAUCAGAACUUGAAGAUGGAAAAUUCCCUCUAGAACAUUCAGUGUCACCUCUUGACUCUUAAUUACCCCUUGGACUUUUUCUAAGGCCAGCUGUAAUGCUAAGUGCCAGAUCCAAAUCCUUGAGAAAAUAGUUAAAUAAAGUCAUUGUG